CAACUCUCUCUCCUCCCUUUAAAACUUGAAAGUUGAAAGUACAAACCGCGUUUUCCAAGGACAUUCCCGUCAUUGCACCACCCACCCUCCCUCCUUUAUUCCCUUCUUCUUCUUGUUCUUCUUCUUCAAAACUGCAACCACCGCUCACUCCAAACCUCCAGAACGCAGCCGUUUAAUGCUCUUGCGAACCCUAAACAGCCAAACACAACCUUAAAAGAUGGCGGCAGAGAACGGAGAGGAGAAGCUGAUCGCUGUAGCACGCCACAUAGCGAAAACGCUAGGCCACAACGAGUCAAUGGCUGACGAUAUUUUGCAAAUCUUCUCAAAAUUCGACGGUCGUUUUUCUCGAGAGAAAUUGGCCGAUAAAUUGACAACAGCAGGACAAGAAGAAGAUCCUAGAGCUCUUGAUCAUACUAUCAAGUCCUUAGAGCGUCAGAUCUCGCAGUACGUCGCCGCCGACCACCCGAUCUGGUCUGACUCUGCUGACUCCUCCGCCUUCCUUGACUGCGUCGACGAGUUAAUUUCAACUGUGCGUGGACUCUCCGCCUCCAGUUCCGCCGGAGCGUAUUUGGCACGAGCUGAGGAUCUUCUUCAGCAGACUAUGUUUCGGCUGGAAGAAGAGUUCCGUCUCUUAAUUGAACGUGGUGGUGAGUCUUUUGAAACUACUAGAUCUUAUAAUAACGGUAACGGAGAGUUAACGGAGGAUAAUAGUAAUUUAUUGUUUGAUGAUUCUGACGAGGAUGAUCAUGACUAUAGUGAUAGUGAAAUUCCGGUAGCGCAACGGUUAAGUAAUUAUGACGUCAUAAUUGAUGCAUUGCCGUCGGGGAUUAUUAACGAUUUGCAUGAGAUAGCGAAGAGGAUGGUGGUUUCGGGGUCUGGUAAAGAGUGUUCACACGUGUAUAGUAGUUUCCGUAGGGAGUUCUUGGAAGAAAGCCUGUCGAGGUUAGGUUUAGGGAAAUUGAGCAAUGAAGAAGUGCAAAAGAUGCAAUGGCAAGAAUUGGAGGAUGAAAUUGAUAAGUGGAUAAAAGCGGCAAAUGUUUCCCUUCGGAUUUUGUUUCCAAGUGAGAGGAGGUUGUGUGAUCGGGUGUUUUAUGGGUUGGGUUCGGUGAGUGACUUGUCAUUUAUGGAGGUUUGUAGGGGGGCUGUGGUUCAGAUUUUGAAUUUUGCGGAUGCGAUUGCGAUAGGGAGUAGGUCGCCUGAGAGGUUGUUUAAGGUUUUGGAUUUGUUUGAAACGAUGAGGGAUUUGAUGCCGGAGUUUGAGUUUAAUUUUAGUGAUCAGUAUUGUUUGGUUCUCAGGAAUGAUGCGUUGGGGAUAUGGAAGAGGUUAGGGGAGGCGAUAAGGGGGAUUUUUAUGGAGUUGGAGAAUUUGAUUAGGCGGGAUCCAGCUAAAGCUCCGGUGCCUCGUGGAGGGCUUCAUCCAAUCACACGAUAUGUGAUGAAUUAUUUACGUGCUGCGUGUAGGUCAAGAGAGUCGUUAGAGCUGGUCUUCGAGGAGAGUGUGAAUGUUGCUCCAUCAAAAGAUUCUACUUUGUCUUCAUUGUCGGUUCAAAUGGCAUGGAUUAUGGAGUUGUUGGAGAGUAAUUUGGAAGUGAAGGCAAAGAUUUAUGGGGAUACUGCCUUGUGCUCUGUCUUCUUGAUGAAUAAUGAGAGGUACAUCGUGCAAAAAGUGAAGGAUAGUGAAUUGGGUUUGCUGCUCGGGGAUGAUUGGAUAAGGAAACACACUGCAAAAAUCAAGCAAUACCUUUCGAGUUAUCAGAGAAGUUCCUGGAACAAACUUUUGGGGGUAUUGAGGGCAGAUAGUAGCCCUGUGGCUGCUAAUGUUGGAGGAAAGUCCAUGUCUAUGAAAGACAGGAUUAAGGCAUUUAAUUCUCAGUUUGAGGAAAUUUAUAAAUCUCACUCCCAGUGGAUCAUAUUUGAUGAGCAGCUAAGAAAUGAGCUGAGGAACUCUUUAUACAAUCUAGUGAUGCCAGCUUAUAGAAACUUCAUUGCAAGGUUUCAAAAUGCUCCGGAUGUUGGAAGGCAUGCCGAUAGGUAUAUUAAGUACACUCUGGAGGAUAUAGGCACCCAGAUUAACGAGUUGUUUGAGGGAGUGAAUGGAUCCGCAGGUGGCAGGAAAUGAAGGUAAGCCACUGCUUGUUGUACUAUUGUGUAUGAACUGGAGGAAAGUUUGUGAAUUUUGGUGUUGUAUGGAUGUAAUUAAUGAUUGUUGCCCUUAACUAGAUAUUUGAAUGUGUUCAUCACAUUUUAUUUUGCCUUUACCUUUGUCAAUGAAAAUUAUGGAUGCAUGCUAUGAUCAA